ACAAAAUAAAAAAAUGGAAAUUCUGUGUUCAUUAAUUCAAAGCCUCUCAAUGCCCGUUCUUUUUUUUAGAACUCAUCACUUUUAUUUUCCAUUAGAGAGAAAAGAGAGUGAGAUUAGUGAGGCAGAACAUGGCUAGCUGCAGCAUGGCAUCUGCUGCUUCAGGUUUCUUGUUAACUCCUAACGUUGCAGCCAACACCAACUCAGGUUCUAGGAGCAGCAACAUGGUGUUUUUCCCUUCAAAGAACAACAAUUCAAGGCUUGUUGUGAGGGCAGCUGAGGAGGGUGCAGCAGCAGCAGCAACACCUGCCACCACCACAGCACCAGCAGAAGGUGAAGCUCCAAAACCUAAGCCACCACCAAUUGGACCCAAGAGAGGAACCAAGGUAAAGAUUCUCAGGAGGGAAUCCUACUGGUACAAUGGUAUAGGAUCUGUUGUAGCUGUUGAUCAGGACCCCAAAACACGCUACCCAGUUGUGGUUCGAUUCGACAAAGUUAAUUAUGCGAAUGUAUCUACAAACAACUAUGCAUUGGAUGAAAUCGAAGAAGUUAAAUGAGUGUGAUGAGUUCCUAAUGUAAUUUUGAUUUUCAUAUCACUCCACUGUUUAUUUCAUGAAUCCGUAGUCAUUUUCUGUCUUAUUCCAUUAUUAUGUUUCAUUUCUGCUGCUGCAAAAUCAAUAGAGAAAUGCUCAAGUAGGGUUCUAAUUGGCUA